AUGGCAGCAGCUCAGGCCUUUUCUUCUGGUUCGAGUAGUACUUAUGAUGUGUUUUUGAGCUUUUACGGCGAAGACGUUCGCUACAAUUUCUGCGAUCACCUCUAUCAUGCCUUGGUUAAUGAUGGAAUUAUAACUUUCAGGGACGAGGAUGAGCUCCGCAAGGGAAAAGAGAUUGGGCCGGAGCUAGUCGAUGCAAUCCAGAAGUCAAGAAUCUCGAUUCCCAUCUUCUCGAAGAACUAUGCUUCAAGCAGAUGGUGUCUGGAUGAGUUAGCAGAGAUAUAUGAAUGCAGUAGAAGAAAGGAUCAGAUCGUCAUGCCAAUUUACUACAAAGUUGAACCAAGGAAUGUGCGACACCAGAACGAGAAAUAUGCGAAAGCCUUUGAGCAACACCAGAUGCGGUUCCCCGAGACAACCAUCCAAAAGUGGCGAAAUGCUCUGACAGAGAUUGGAGAAUUGAUAGGAUGGCAUUUGAAGAAAGACAUGUAUGAAGUAGAGUUAAUAAAUAACAUUGUUAAAACAAUUGGCAGUACAUUGAACAAGAGACUCUUGAGUGUUCCUAACGACCUAGUUGGAAUCCAACUUCAUAUAAAAGAAAUGUUGAUGCGAUUAGAUAUUAAAUCUAACAACAGAAAAAUUGUGGGGAUCCAUGGCCUCGGUGGCAUUGGAAAGACAACGAUCGCUAAGGCUGUCUAUAAUGAAGUCUUUCAUCACUUUGAAGGGUGUAGCUUUAUUGCAAAUGUUCGAGAAACUGCUCAACAUUAUAAUGGAAUUGUUCUUUUGCAGAAGAAACUUAUCUUGGACUUGAAACAAGAAAAUAAAGAUAUUACUAGUGAGGAUGAUGGAAUUAACAAGAUCCAGAAAAUUUUGCCUGAAAAAAAAGUUCUAAUUGUUCUCGAUGAUGUGGAUCAGAAUUCUCAAGUAAAAUAUUUAGUUGGGGAUCGCAAAUGGUUUGGUGUUGGAAGUAAGAUCAUUAUCACAACCAGAGAUAAGCAAAUUUUACAUGCUCAAAACGCAGAACAGAUUUACGAGCCCAGCGUAAUGAAUGAAGAUGAUUCUCUUCAACUUUUUGGCCAUCAUGCAUUUAAAAGUGAACAACCUCCAGAAGAUUAUUCGGAUCUCUCAAAAGCAAUGGUAGAAACUACUGGAGGACUUCCCUUGGCUCUUGAAGUUAUAGGUUUAUCUUUAUAUUCACAGGGAAAACAAUAUUGGGAAGACAUGGUAAAGAAGUUGCAAAAAGUUCCCAAUAAUGAUGUCAUGGAAAGAUUGAAAAUAAGUUAUGAUGCAUUAGAUGAUGAGCAGCAACGAAUGUUUCUUGAUACUGCUUGUUUUUUCAUUGGAAUGGAAAAAGAUAUUGUACGUUACAUAUGGAAUGGGUGUGAUUUUUUUUCUCAAAUAGGGCUUGAUACUCUUUGUGCAAGGUCUUUGGUAACGAUAAGUGAAAAAGGUGAGUUAGGUAUGCAUGAUCUAUUUCGGGAACUUGGAAGGAAAAUUGUUUAUCAAGAGAAUGGUGCACCAAGGAUGCGUACUCGAAUAUGGUCUCAAAAGGAUGUCUUGGAUGUACUGAAUACACAAACGGAAAUAAGUAGUGUUGAAGGACUCAGUUUUGACUUUAGACAUAUAUCACGGAGUGAAGAUUUGAUGAGCGAAGGAUUUGCUGCAAUGACAAGACUAAGGUUACUCCGAGUCGAUUAUGCACGGUUUUCUUGGAACUUCACCAACCCUUUUUCAGAACUAAUAUGGCUUAGUUGGAAAGGAUGCCCUGACCAAUAUGCACAAACCAAUUUUCGUCCACGGAAACUGGCAGUUCUUGAUCUAUCAUAUAGUAAAAUCACCAAAAACUGGAUGGGUUGGAAGGACAUCAAGAGGGCAGAAAAGCUAAAAGUUCUAAAUCUGACAUCUUGUCAUCAACUAUCUAGUAUUCCUGACAUUUCAGCAAAUCCACUUUUGGAGGUAUUGCUUCUUAAAGACUGUAGAAAUUUGGAUGAGAUUGAUAUAUCCAUUUGUUGUCUCACGAACUUAGUCAUGUUAAACAUGAGUCAGUGUGGGAGACUAAAGGAUCUGCCAAGUGAAAUUUGUAAGUUGACUUCUCUCCAAGAACUCAAUUUACACGGAUGCAAAAGUCUAAAGAAGUUGCCGGAGAAAUUGGGCCGUAUGAUAUCCUUGACAGAACUUGAUUUAAGAGAGUGCAAGAGUCUAGAGGAUCUCCCAAGUGAAAUUUGUAAGUUGAGGUCUCUCAAAAAACUCAAUUUAACAGGAUGUACAAAUCUAAAGAAGUUGCCGGAGAAAUUCGGCGACAUGAUAUCCUUGAUAGAACUUGGUUUAAGUCUUGGCGAGGGUGUAGUGGAUUUCCCAUGUGAAAUUUCUGAGUUGAUUGCUCUCCAAAGCCUCAGUUUACGUUCAUGCGGAAGUUUGACAUCCAUCUCAUGUCUUCCCUCAAGUUUGACCAAACUUCAUGUUAGUCACUGCUAUUCAAUUCAAAACAUCUCAGUUCUUCACUCCACAAGUUUGAGUAGCCUUGGUUUUUGGGAAUGCCAUUCAAUUCGACACAUCAAAGAUCUUCCCUCAAGUUUGACGAGCUUAGUUAUUAGUGAUUGCAACUCAAUGGUAAAACUAUCAAGUACAUCAGAAGGCUUGAGAAAUUUAAAGACAUUACGUUGUUCCAGCCUUGAAGAAAUUGAAGGUGUUGACGACAAAUUGGACUCCCUAGAGGUCCUCCAUAUUGGUGGCUGUUGCAGAUCAUUACCAAAACUGAGGGGCUCGAAAAAUCUAAGGACUUUAGAGCUCAGUUCGAACGACGUCAUAACCGAUUUUGAAGGCGGUGAGGGGAUGGAAUCUCUAGAGGUGUUGGAAAUACUGAGUUGCAGAUCAUUAAGAAAAAUCCCAUAUCUGCGAGAUUCGAAAAGACUCAGAAAACUACAAAUCGAUGAAUGCCCGGAAUUAUCAGAGAUUGAGGGGCUUGAGGAGUAUGAAUCCUUACAGGAAUUAUCGAUUAAUGGGGCCACAUCAUUAAAAGCAUUACCGGAGGAUAUCUCAACCCUUAAGAACCUCAUCUAUUUAGGUAUCUAUGAUUGCUGCUACUCUAUGGAAAGAUUUCCUGAUCUUUCAAACUUAAAAGAGUUGAGGGAAUUAGAUAUUGGAAUACCGGGGAAGUUAAUGAGGUUUUCGAAUUUCCCAUUUCCGGAGUAUCUGGGGAGGUUAUUAACCGAAAUUCCAGGCCUUGGCAGAUUGGAGUCUUUGCGAAAAUUGAGAAUAUCAGGAUGCAUAGACAUUGGAAGAUUACCGGAUCUGUCAAACUUGAACAAGUUGAAUAAGCUGAUGAUUAAAGGUUGCAAGAAUCUAACGGAGAUUCAUGGUAUCGAUAGAUUGAAAAACUUAGAGAUUUUGGCAAUUAGUGGGUGCGAGUCCUUGGAAAUAUUACCCGAUCUCUCAAACUUGAAAAAAGUGAAGCAUUUAGAGAUUGAAGGCUGCGAGAAUCUGACCCAGAUUCUUGGUGUCGACAGAAUGGAAAUUUUAGAGUUUGUUUAUAUUAGUGGCUGCCAGUCCUUGAAAAGAUUACCGGAUCUGUCAAACUUGAGAGAAUUGAAGGUUCUAAGGAUUGAAUGCUGCAAGAAUCUAACCGAGAUUCAUGGUGUCGACGGAAUGGAAUUGUUAGAGAAAUUGAAUAUUUAUGGGUGCGAGUCCUUGGAAAGAUUACCGGAUCUAUCAAACUUAAAAAGUUUGAGGCGUCUAAAGAUUGAAGGCUCCAAGAAUCUAACCGAGAUUCAUGGUGUUGACAGAUUGGAGUUGUUAGAGAAAUUCAAGAUUAUUGGUUGUGAUUCCUUGGAAAGAUUACCGGGUCUGUCAAACCUUAAAAAGUUGUAUAGUCUAAAGAUUGAAAGCUGUAAUAUUCUAACCGAGAUUCAUGGUGUUGACGGAUUGGAGUUGUUAGAGAAAUUCAAGAUUAUUGGUUGUGAUUCCUUGGAAAGAUUACCGGCUCUGUCAAACCUUAAAAAGUUGUAUAGUCUAAAGAUUGAAAGCUGUAAUAUUCUAACCGAGAUUCAAGGUGUUGUUGACACAUCGGAAUCCUUACGGUUUUUGACUAUACUUGACUGCGAGUCCUUGGAAAAAUUACCCGAUCUGUUAAACCUUGAAGAGUUGAUUGAUCUAUGGAUUGAAGGCUGCAAGUCCUUGGAAAGAUUAUCAGAUCUGUCAAACUUAAAAAACUUGGUGAAUCUACAGAUUCAAGGCUGCAACAGUCUAACCGAGAUUCAGGGUGUUGAUGGAUUGGAAUUCUUACAGAAAUUGGAUAUAAGUGGGUGUGAGUUCUUGGAAAUAUUACCCGAUCUGUCAAAUUUGAAAUGCUUAAGGGAGCUAAAGGCUAUAGGCUGCGAGAAUCUAACCGAGAUUCAAGCUGGUAAUGGAUUGGAAUCUUUGGAAGAGUUGGAUGUUAGGGGCUGUAUAUCCUUGGAAAAAUUGCCAGAUCUGACAAAGUCAGAGGAAUUGUGGUCAAUAAAUGGUCAGUCCUGGGAGGACCUAACUGAUAUUGCUGGAAUAAAGCAACUCUUGAUCGAUGAUGGGUGCACAAAUUUAAUUAUUCAAGUUUCCAUUAACUCCGUAAAACUUUGA